AUGUAUGUAAUGCGGGAAGCAACUUUUGACCCAGACAAGGAUAUACCAGAUCUGCAGAAUCAGGUCUUUGUCGUUACAGGAGGAAGCUCAGGACUAGGCUUCGCUAUUAUCUGUCAUCUGCUCAAGCAUAAUGCAGCUAAAAUCAUCACUCUUUCAAACAAGGAAGAAAAUGCAAGGAAGGCAAUCGGGCAGCUGAAUUCCUGGGGCGAUACAAGUAGAGUCAUCUGGCAAAAAUGCGAUCUGAAGGAUCUGCGGCAGGUCGACCAAGUGGCUAGGAAGCUAAGGGAAGAGGAGAAAAGGAUUGAUGCACUCGUACUCAACGCUGGCAUUGGCAUCAAUGGGUUCGAGCUCACCAAGGAGGGUCUGGACAGCCAUUUCCAGGUCAACAUGCUAUCCCAGCUUCAUCUAGCAUUAAUGUUACUUCCAACAUUACAAGCUACUGCUGCCUCGACCAAGACAUCCGCUCGAAUUAUGAUGAUGUCUUCGGAGAUGCAUCGCUGGGUCCCCAAAUCCACGAAAUUUGAGUCCGAGAAGGAGCUUACCGAGAAUAUUGGGCCAACUUAUCUGUAUGGUCGUUCAAAACUUGCACAAAUAUUGAUCGUUCGGGAGCUAGCCAGACGGCUCGACGAAGGCAAGCUAGGAUCACCAUCUUACGACCCAGCUACAAACAUGCCACGCCCCGUGCUGGUCAAUGCUACGCAUCCCGGCGCUGUCCGUACGGCUCAACCCUUUCAAUUGGAGAUUGCAUAUGGAUGGAUAGGCAAGGUUCUAGCCAAUGUAUUUUGGCCUGCGUUUGUGGACCCUAUUAAGACGGGAUGUAGGUCCGGGGUCUUCGCGGUAACAGGGAAGGAUUUAUACGAAGGAUCAGGCAUUCAUGGACAAUAUAUCGUACCUGACAAAAAGAUCGGGCAGCCCAACAGCAAAGGCCAGGACCGCGAGAUGGGUGAACGAUUAUGGCGUAUCAGUUUGCAAAUCCUAGGUGACAGACUAGGCGCACUUAACUAUGGGUUUGAAACGAAUUCCACGGUGACGACGGGGCUCUUCUCGCCUCAGCCACACACUUACUGGGGCCAAUUCGACGAGAUUUCAAAGUACAAUGUUCACCUCAACGUUGCGGAGCGGAUGUGGGCCGCCUGGUACGCCUACAUGCAGAACGAUGUCCUCGCCACUGGCAUCAUGUCCUUUGUAAUGCAUGAAAUGGUUUACUUCGGGCGCUCCUUGCCUUGGAUGAUAGCCGAUCGACUUCCCGGGCUGAACAAAUACAAAAUCCAAAAUCAAAAGAUCCCCACUGCAGCCGAACAGUGGAACUGCGCCAAAUUAGUCCUGCUCUCCCAUUUCACCGUUGAGCUGCCCCAAAUCUGGCUCUUUCAUCCUCUAGCUCAAUAUUGCGGUCUCUCAACCACCGUUCCUUUCCCUUCCAUCCUCACCAUGGCCUACCAGAUCGCCAUCUUCUUCGUUAUGGAAGAUACAUGGCACUACUGGUCUCACCGUGCUCUCCACACCCCCAAACUUUACAAGAUGAUUCACAAGAUUCAUCACCAGUAUUCCGCACCGUUCGGUCUAGCCGCAGAAUACGCAAGUCCAAUCGAAGUGCUUCUUCUCGGAUUCGGCACCGUCGUCUGUCCCAUCAUCUGGUGCGCAAUCACCCAUGAUCUGCAUAUUUUAACAAUGUAUCUGUGGAUUGUGCUGCGUUUAUUCCAAGCCAUCGAUGCGCAUUCCGGAUACGAGUUUCCCUGGUCGUUGCACCAUAUCCUGCCCUUCUGGGCUGGUGCGGAUCAUCACGAUGUUCAUCACGAGAAGUUCAUUGGUAAUUAUUCAAGCAGUUUCAGGUGGUGGGAUCUUGCGUGCGGUACUGAGAGUGGUAGUGCCGCGGCGGAAAAGAGGAGAGCGGCGAGAAAGGCGCAAGCUAAGAAGGUGACUUGA